GUGCGCAUCUCGUUAUUCGCGUAUAUAUAUGAUUUAAUCAUCGACAAACAAUAUUGUUUAUUCAUGCUCGUCAACAACAUUACACCGUAUAAUUUUUAAACUCAUUGGAUUUGACUAGUACACUCUCAUAAAUUAUUAUCCAAAUAACGUUUCAACUCCAAAUUUAAGAAACAUGUAUUAAAAAAACAUAAGACAUAAAACAUGAAAAGUGAAUAAACAUCGAAUGGAAUUGUAAAAAAUUAUGUCAAUGAAAACAUUUAAUAUUCAAUGAUAAUUUAACCCAGUGCCAGUGUGUUGUGUUGAAUCAAUAAAUAACGAUACUAUUUUUAGUAAAAUUGCAUAUUUUGUGUAUGAAAAUUUAUAAAAAUAAAUUUAUUCAUAAGUCACACAACAAUUGUGUUAAAAAUACUUAUAUAUAAGGAAAAAAGAGCUACAAAAAAGAGGAAGCUUUUAAAUAAAAAUAUAAAAAAUAUUGUUAGAGAUAUUUUAAAAGGAAAAAAAAAUAACGAAAAAGAAUUAAAAUUACGUGACUUAUUGUACGAGUUUCAUUGCAUAGUCAUAUCUAAGUGAAAAAAAAAAAAAAAAAAAACAAAAGAUCCAAGUGUUGGUGUUAAAUUCUGUAAAAGAAUCAAGAAUAUAUAUACAAGUGUAAAAGAGUUUUGUAGUUAGUUGGUAGGACAAAAGUCUAUAUUACUCAUUCGUUAGACAUAUAGUGUUACGAACGAGACAACAAGCAACAUCAGUGCUCAGUGAAUAAAUUAAGUUAAAAUUGUGUCCAUGAAUCGACAAGAUGAGGACGAUGCAGAAGCUGAUGCUGAUGUCUACAAUGACAAUAUUCAUAAUUAUUUGUCAACAAUUAUUAAUUGUUCAUGGCCAGGAUAAUUAUCAAAAAUUUAAUCAACAUAUUCAUAAAAUUCAAAAUUAUCAUCAAAAAAAAUUAUCUGAUAAUAAUUAUGAUCCAGGUAUUUAUCAAGAUGAUGAUAAAAAUAUUUAUGAAAAUAGAAAAAAACGUGCUAUACAAAAUUCAAGCAAUGACAAUGAAAGUGUUGGAACAUCAGGACAAUCAUUAUUUGAAUAUGAUAGUGGUAAAAAAUCAUCAACAAAAAAAAAGAAAGAUGAUGAAAUAUGUAACAACAUGGACAUUAGAAAUGAUGUUAAAUUUUUCGAUAGUCUAUAUGGCUGUCGAAUAAUUGAGGGUUUUUUACAAAUAGUUCUUAUUGAAAAUAAUGACUCAUCAGCAUUUGAUAAUAUAACAUUUCCAAAAUUACGUGAAAUAACUGGAUAUUUAUUGCUGUAUCGUGUUAGUAAUUUAAAAAGUAUUGGAAAUAUGUUUCCAAAUCUUGAAAUUAUUCAUGGACAUACGUUACUUGCUGAUUAUUCAUUUAUGGUUUAUGAAAUGCAAAAUUUACAAGAGAUUGGUUUAAGUAAACUCAAAAGAAUAUCACGAGGUGGUGUAAGAAUUGAAAAAAAUACAGCACUUUGUUAUACAAAUACUGUGGAUUGGAGUUCAAUUGUCGUUGCUGGUGAAAAUUUUAUCCAAAAUAAUAUUAUGCUUGCUGAAAAAGCUGAUUCAUGUCCAAGCUGUGCACAUUGUCCAGGUGGUUACUGUUGGACAUCAAAUAAAUGUCAAAAAACUGAUCAAAAAUCAACGUGUCAUCCACAAUGUCUUGGUGAAUGUUUUGGUCCAAAUGAUACAGAUUGUUAUACUUGUAAAAAUUAUGAAAUUGAUAAAAAAUGUGUAGAAAAAUGUCCAGAUAAUUUAUAUACAUAUUUAUCAAGACGUUGUCUUACAAAAGAAGAAUGUUUAGAAAUAAAUAAUAAUAACAAUGGAAUAAGAACUGAUGAGGAUAAAAAAUGGAGACCAUUUAAAAAAUCAUGUAUAUCACAGUGUCCAGAUAGAUGGGAAGAUGCUAUUAAUGAAAAUAAUGAAAAAACAUGUCGUGAAUGUGUUGGUAAUUGUCGUAAAAUAAUAUAUGGUGCAAUAAUACGUCAUAUAUCAGAUGCACAAAAAUUUCGUGGUACAACUGUUGUUAAUGGUGCACUUGAAUUUCAAAUACGUAAUGGUAAUCCAAAUAUAAUAAAUGAAUUAACUGAGGCAUUUGGUACAAUUGAAGAAAUAACAGAAUAUCUUAAAGUAACACAUUCAUCAUCAAUAACAACAUUAAGUUUUUUUAAAAAAUUAAAAUUAAUAAAAGGUACAAAAUUAGAUAUUAAUAAUGCAAGUUUAGUUGUACUUGAUAAUCCAAAUUUAUCAAGUUUAUUUUCUGAUAAUCAAACAAUUGAAAUACGUGCUGGUAGAUUUUUUUUUCAUUAUAAUCCAAAAUUAUGUUUAUCUAAAAUUCAAGCACUUGGUUAUAAAUCAAAAAUGGGAAAAUUUACAGAAAUGGAAGUACAACCAGAAUCAAAUGGUGAAAAAGUUGCAUGUGAUAUUGUUAAUAUUAAAAUAAUAACAAAUAAUACAAUGUCAAAUUCAACAGAUAUUGUAUGGGAUGUUUAUCAACCAAGUGAAGGACAAAGUUUAUUAAGUUAUUUAUUAAAUUAUAUACAAACAGAUAGUCCAACAAUAUCAUAUGAAGUUAAUUCAUGUGGUAAUAAUAAUACAUGGAAUGUUAUUGAUAUUGAUAUAUCAAAACAACAUGGUACAUUAAAUAAAAUAACUAAAAAAAUUGAUAAUUUAAAACCAUGGACAAGAUAUGCUGUUUAUGUUAAAACAUUAUCAACAAGAAAUAAUAAUUCAUUACCAAGUCCAACUGGACAAUCAGAAAUAAUAUAUUUUCGUACAAAACCAUCACGUCCAUCACCACCAAUAAAUGUCAUAUCAUUUUCACCAAAUUCAAAUGAAAUUGUUAUACAAUGGGAACCACCAUUAGUACCAAAUGGACCAAUUGGUUCUUAUUUAAUUCAAGGUGCAUAUUUAGAUGAAGAUGUUGAUACAAUAUUAAAACGUGAUUAUUGUUUAUAUGAACCAUCAGACAGAGAAAGUGAUAUGCUCUAUGAUAAUUUACCAUUAACAAAAUUACCAUUAUUACUACCAUCAUCUUCAUCAUCAUCAUCAACAACAAGUGAUAAUAAUAAUAAUAAUAAUAAUAAUAAAGAAAAUUGUUGUAAAGAUACAAAUCAACCAAGUAAUAUUGUAAUAUCAAAAAGUAUGGAUAUUAGUUGUUUUAAAAAUGGCACAUUAGCAACAACAUCAAUUGGUGGUACUGAAUAUUGUGGUAAAAAAGAAAAUUUUUAUAUAAAUCCAUGGUUAAAAAAUUCAUCAAUAAAUAAUAAAAAAAUAAUUGAUAAUAAAAGCAUUAGAAAAACAUUUAAAAAACGUGAAUCAAUAAAAUUAUUAGAACGUAUUAUUAUUGAUAAUGUUAGUAGCACACAUUCAUCAACAAUAAUUAGUAAUUUAAAACAUUCAUCAACAUAUGUAUUUUCAAUAACAGCAUGUGGUGUACAAUAUAAUAAUAACAAUAAUAAUGAUGAUGAUGAAUAUAAUAUGUGUUCAAUGUGGCAAUAUACACAUGCUAAAACAAAAAAAAUAAUUGAUGCUGAUAAUAUUAAUAAUAUUGAUACAAAAGUUAUAUCAGAUACACAUACAAUUGUUUAUUGGACGAAACCAAUUGAUCCAAAUGGUAUUAUUGUUGCAUAUGUCAUUGAAUAUAUUAAUAAAAAUAUUGAAAAAGCUAAAAAGCUAACAGCAUGUAUAUCUGGUAAUGUAACACAAUAUAAUUUAUAUCAUUUAAAUCCAGGUACAUAUUAUAUUAGAGUUAAAUCAAUGUCAAUUGGUGGUCAUGGUAAAUGGUCACGUCAACAUGAAUUUACAACUGGUCCAAAAGUAAAUAAUUAUGAAUUUUUAAUUGGUAUAUUUGCAUUAAUUGUAUUUACAAUAUGUUUUAUAUUAUCAUAUAAAUUAUAUGAAAGUUAUAGAAAAAAAAAGCUAACUGAACGUCUUAUUGCAACAGUUAAUCCAGAUUAUAUUGAAACCCAAUAUUUACGUGAUCAUUGGGAAAUUGAUAGAUCAAAAAUUAAAAUAACUGGUAAUAUUGGUAUGGGACAUUUUGGUAUGGUUUAUCAUGGUAUUUUAAAUGAUAAUAUUAAAGUUGCUAUUAAAACAAUACCAGAACCAUGUACUGAAAAAAGUAAAAAUUUAUUUUUAAAUGAAGCAUCAGUUAUGAAAAAAUUUUCAACUUAUCAUCUUGUUAAAUUAAUUGGUGUUGUAUCAGAUGGUACACCACCAUAUGUUGUUAUGGAAUUAAUGGAACAAGGUGAUUUAAAAAAUUAUUUACGUCGUGUACGUCAAACACCAAAGAGACCAAAUAAAUUGAGACUUGUUAGAAUGGCAGGUGAAAUAUCAGAUGGUAUGGCAUAUUUAGAAGCCCAUAAAUAUGUACAUCGUGAUUUAGCAGCACGUAAUUGUAUGAUAUCACAAAAUCUUGUUGUUAAAAUUGGUGAUUUUGGAUUGGCAAGAGAUAUUUAUGAGACUGAUUAUUAUAAAGUUGGUAAUGAUAAAUCAUUACCAAUACGUUGGAUGUCACCAGAAAAUUUAUCUGAUGGUGUAUUUUCAUCAUAUUCAGAUGUAUGGUCAUUUGGUAUUGUUAUUUAUGAAUUACAAUCAAUGGCUGCAUUACCAUAUCAAGGAAUGAGUCAUGAAGAAGUUAUGAGUUAUAUAUUACGUCAUGGUAAAAUACAACCAUGUUUAAUUGAAGAUAAUCCAUGUGAAGUACUUGAAAGUAUACAAGAAAGAUGUUUUAGUUGGAAUCCAACAGAUAGACCAUCAUUUGUUGAAAUUGUUGCUGAAUUAGAAUCAUAUUUAGAACAAGAUUUUUGUGAUAAAUCAUUUUAUCAUUCAGAGGAAGGUGUUAAGGUACGUAAUGCUGGUAUUAAAAAAUUUUAUUUACCACCAGCACAAGUACGUUUUCAUUGGGGUAAUGAAACAGCAAGAUGGGUACGUGAUAUACAAGAUAAUAUUGCAUUACUUGAUCAAGCGAAACCAGGUACAAGUAGAGUUGGUAUAUUUAAAAAUGGCUUUCAACAAAUUAGUAAUAUACCUCCAUUGGAAGAUGUUCCACUUGACAGAUGAUCUUGAUAAAUUUUUACCUUUUUUCUUAUAUAUUUUAUUUACUCUAUUAAAUCAUCAUCUUCAUUUAUUUUUUUUUCAUUAUUCAUCAUCAUGUACAAAGAAAUAAUCUCAGGGCUUUCCGUUUUUUUUUUUUUUUCUAUUUUUUUUUUUUUAUCGUGAAAAUAUUUAUUGUUUAUUUAAAUAUACAUUCAAAAUUAAAACAAAUGAAAUAGAAAAACUUCAUAAUCAUGUAGGUCUAUAUUUAUCUUUGUGCUUUAAUGUAAUUAGAUUUUAUAAAGUGGCGUUCAAGUAUACGAUUUUAAUGUGGGGUGCUGUAACUAUAUUAAUACUAAACCAUCCAACGAUUAGUUAUGAAAUAGAGCAAUAGUUUAUUUUUAUUUUUUCUCACAUUAAUAAUAUGAUUUUUUUUUUUUAUUUCAUUUUGUCAAAUCAUGAUAUAUUCAUUUGAAUUUAUUAAUAUACAACUCUUCAUUCCAAAAAAAAAAAUAGGCCAAUUUCAUAGAAAAAAUUUCCUUUCUUUAUUUAUUUUUUUACUAUCAAAUAGUAAAAAAAAAAUAAAAAAUAUAAAUCAUAGUCUAAAAAUGAAAUUUAGAUAACAAAAAAAAACUUAUUUUAUCAGCACAAAAAUACCUCAUUUUGAUGUGCGUUUUCGUUGAUUUAUUUAGCUUUUUUUUUAACAUAUAAUCAUUGAUUAUAGAAUCUUUAUUUUUUCGGUAAAUAAUUUUUGAUAAAACGCAUGUCAAUAUAAAAAAAAAAAAUAUCAAACCCGAAGUAAAAUGCAAUAAGUAAAUUUAUGAUACGGUCAUUUGUGUUCGCUCUUUAUUAUUAUUAAUAUUAUAAUUUUAUUGUUAUCAUAUAUAUAUUUAAAAUUUUUUUACUAUUAUUAAUUUUAAUUAUUUUGAGAAAAUAAUUAGUAUUCUUUUAUUAUCACUUGUUAUAUUAUUAUUCGUUUAUUUAUCACAAUUCUUAUAUAAAAUGAUAAGAAAAAUAAAAAAUAAAAUAGUUCCUCUAUUUUUAGUAAUUUUGUUUCUUUUAAAAGUGUAUAUACUAACAAAAACCAGUUGUUAAUAUUUUGGUCAAUUGAUUAUAAUAAUUUUUGUUUAGAAAAAAAUAAAAAUUAAUGAUAAAAAAUUUUAUAUUUAUAAAAAAUUAAAAUACAAAAUAAAAAGAAAAAAAAAAAAAUAAGCUUUUAAAUGCUGAUGAACUUUCUUAUCAUUAUUUUAAAUACUACUGUUAUUGAAAAGAACUGAAAAACAAAAAAAUUAAAUAGCUAACCAGAGGCCCAAUAGUCAGGAAAAAAAAAAAAUAAAAAUAAAAUAUAUAUAUUAUCAAAAAACGUCUAGUCAUAUUUAAUUGAAUGACAAAACGUCAGCAUCAUAAAUUCACAUUUAAAAAAAACCUCAAUAGAAUGAAAGAUAAAAAAAAUCAUUUGUUUUUUUCAAUAAAUUUUUCAAGUAAAAU